AUGCCUCAAGGAGAAUAUAUUGAAGAAUUCCAAAAGCGUUCAGGAAGACGUUUGGAUCAUGAAGAAAGAACAAGAAAACGAGAGGCCAGAAUGGUCCAUAAACGAUCUGCAAUCUCUCAAUCUAUGCAUGGUCAUAAGGCCAAACUCCUUCAUGCUCAACGUUACAGAGAGAAGGUAGAAAUGAAGAAAUUAAUCAGACAACACGAUAAGAAAGAUGUCAAGACGAAAUCUACUAAAGAUGAUGGAGAAGGAGCUUUACCGACAUAUCUUUUGGAUCGUGAAAAGGAGAACAAGGCUAAAGCUCUUAGUAGUGCUUUGAAAGAGAAACGAAAGGAGAAAGCAGGAAAAUACUCUGUUCCACUUCCUAAGGUUAGGGGAAUUGCUGAGGACGAGGUGUUCAAAGUGAUGAAGACGGCCACUUUUGUUCCUGAAAACUUUACAAGGAAACCGGUUAAGAUGGAGCGAUUCAUUCGACCAAUGGGACUGAGAAUGAAGAAAGCCAAUGUGACACAUCCUGAACUGCAGGCGACAUUCCAACUACCUGUUAUUGGAGUCAAAAAGAACCCUCAGUCUCCUAUGUACACUCAACUAGGUGUCUUGACUAAGGGAACAGUCAUUGAAGUGAACGUCUCUGAACUUGGGUUGGUGACCACGGGUGGAAAGGUCGUUUGGGCCAAGUAUGCUCAGGUCACAAAUAAUCCUGAAUUGGAUGGUUGUCUGAACGCUUUACAAAUUCAUUGCCAAGCUUGUCUUGACGCUGAAACACUCACAAUCAUGUCAGAUGAAAUCAUAAGUCACACAGAAAUAAGCAUUGAUCCAAAGCGAGUGACGGGCCAAGACUAA